AUGAGCCGCGGCGGCCGCGCCCCCCCCUCGCCCCGCACCCCGGGGCCGCCGCCGCCCCUCACGGUGGCUGCGGGGCGGCUGGCGGGGGCGGCGGCGGCGCGGGGCGCGGAACGGGAGGAGCUGGCGGCGCUGAACGAUCGUUUCGCCGCUUUCCUGGAGCGGGUGCGGGCGCUGGAGCGGCAGAACGGGGCCCUGAGAGCCGCCCUGGGCCCUCCCGCCGCGUCCCGCACCGCCGGGCUGGUGCGGGGGGAGCUGCGGGGAUUGCGGGAGCGGCUGCAGCUCCUCGGCCGCGACCGUGACCGGCUCCAGGCCGAGCGGGACGGGCUAGAGGCCGAACUGGCGGCCCUGCGGCAGCGGCUGGAGGAUGAGACACAGAAGCGGGAGGAUGCGGAGCAGAGCCUGGUGCUGUUCCGCAAGGACAUGGACCAGGCCACGCUGUCCCGCCUGGAGCUGGAGCGCAGGGUGGAGCUGCUGCUGGACGAGAUCGGCUUCCUCAAGAAGCUGCACGAGGAGGAGCUGCGGGACCUGGAGAUGGGAGCCCCGAGCCCGGGGGGCCCGGGGGAAGGGGGGGUCUGCAAACCGGAGCUGACGGCGGCGCUGCGGGAAAUCCGCGGCCAGUACGAGAGCAUCGCCCUGAAGAACCUGCAGGAAGCCGAGGAGUGGUACAAAUCCAAGUUUGCCGACCUGUCGGACGCUGCCAACCGCAACCACGAGGCGCUGCUACUGGCCAAGCAGGAGAUGGGCGAGUCCCGGCGGCAGAUCCAGAGCCUCAGCUGCGAGGUGGACGGGCUGAAGGGCAUGAACGAGGAGCUGCAGCGGCAGAUGCGGGAGAUGGAGGAUGAGUUCAGGGAGGAGGUUGGGAACUACCAGGACAUGGUGGAGCAGCUGGAGCAGGAGAUCCAGCAGAUGAAGGAGGAGAUGUCCCGGCACCUGCGCGAGUACCAGGACCUGCUGCACGUCAAGCUGGCCCUGGACGUGGAGAUCACCGCGUACCGGAGGCUGCUGGAGGGCGAGGAGAGCCGGAUCACUGUCCCCGUGCAUCCCACCACCUCCUUCACCAUGAGAAGCUCAGUGCUGGAGCUGCAGCCUGAGGAGAGCCCGGCAAGGAGGGAAGUGCUCAUCAAAACCAUCGAGACACAGGAUGGGCAGCAGGUGGUGACAGAGUCGCACAAGGAGCAAGCGGAGCCAGGGAAGUGAUGGAGGGACCCA